CUAGGGCAUAUGGCGGCCAAGCUCGCGCUUCUCGACGACGGCAGCGAUGGCGAGGCUGAGCCGACGCUGCGGAUAAACGAGGAGUACGCGAAGAGGUUGGAGCACAACAAGCGGCGGGAGGAUCUCCAGCGGCUGCAAGAGCUUCGAAAGCGCGGGCUUGUGGACACGGAUUCGUCGUCCGAGGAGGACGAGGAUGAAGACGAGGAUGGAGUGCUGCCGGAGAAGACCGAGGUACGAAUUUUAGAGACGCUAGCCAGGAUCAAGAAGAAGGAUCCCAGCAUUUACAAGCCAGAGGUGAAGUUUUUCGAAGACGAUGGUGAUGAAGACGAAGACGUCGAGGAAGAGAAGGCUUUGAAGGAGAGGAAGAAACCAGUGUAUCUGAAAGAUGUUGUGGCCAAGCAGGCUCUGGAAAAUCCUGAGGGCGACGAGGACGAGGAGGAUGGAAAUCCUCCCAUCAAGACCUAUGCUCAAGAACAGCAGGAGCUUAAAGAUGCGCUUCGCAAGAGUUUUGCUGCGGCGGUCGAGGACGACGAUGAUGAGGAAGGGCUCUUCACGGUCAGGAAGAAGAGCAAAGAGGAGCUGAGGCGAGAGGAAGAACAGGCCGAGAAACUGAGGAAGGAAGCUCCUGUUUCUCAGAAGUUGGAAGAGUACUUUGGGAAGGACGAUGAUCUCGACGAGAAGGAUAGGUUUCUCAAGAACUAUCUCCAGAACCAGGGAUGGAUCGACAAGAACAAAGACAAGCUACCGUCUUACGAGGAUGUGAUUGGGGAAGUGAGUGAGGAGGAAGAGGAGCUCGACGAUCAGGACCGGUAUGAGUCUCUACUUAACUUUCGUUUCGAGGAGGGUGGCGAUUCCCAGGUACUUGGACACUCGAGAGUGGUGGAGGACUCGGUGAGAAAGAUAUCCGAGAAGAGGAAGGAGCGGAGGCGGAAGAAGCAGGAAAGGCUCGCACAGGCAGAGUUGGCGAGGCAGGAAGAGGUGAAGAGGCUCAAAAACGUGAAGAAGAAAGAGAUGAUGGAGAAGCUGUCGAAGAUCCAAACUGUUGCUGGGAUCCAGGCAGGGCCUGGUAAGAUCGAUGAGGGUGAUCUAGAGGAGGACUUCGAUCCCGACGAGCACGAUAGGAAAAUGCAGCAGCUUUUCGGCGAGGACUACUACAACGAUGAGGAUCCAGACUUCCACUCUGGUGAUGGAGAAGCAGCAGGCAUGGAUGGCAUGGAUUUUGAUGAGGGGAUAGAGAAGAGUGAAGACGAAGGACUCGUAAGCCUGGACUACGAAGACAAGAUUUCGGACAUGCCAACGCGGUUUAAGUACGCUCAAGUGAGGCCGAACAGGUUUGGCUUGUCGACGGCACAGAUAUUGGAUGCGGACGAGAAGGAGCUCAAUCAGUACGUGUCGGUGAAGGCAAUGGCACCAUACAGGACGGAGGAAUGGAUUCCUCGUGGCAAGUAUCACCGUUUGGCAAAGAAGGCGAAAAAGGAGAAGCAAGCUGCCGAUGAAGGGACUGGUGGCGAUACUGGUGGCGAUACUCCUGUUUCUCAGCAACACACGAAGAAAAAGAAGAAGAAGCAGCAACAGCAGCAGAAAGAACCGGAAGCUCAGGCAGAAGAAGCGGCAGUAGUAGAAGCAAAAAUAGCAAAGAAGGAGAAGAGAAAAGUUGACGAGCAGGCACUGUCGCUACCAAGGGAGAUCAAAUGCCAGAAGACAAAGGAGAAGCUUGAUGAAACGGAAGUUCCUGGCGAAGAACAGGCACUGCGAGAGGCAGAGAAGAAGGCGAAGAAGGAGAAGCAGCACAAGAAAGUGGAAGGUCUCCAUGACAAGGCUGAAGAACACCAGCCACCACGGAAGAAAACGAAGAACGAGGGAGUGGAAGUCGAUGCCACUCCAGGAGCCAGCGCUGCCGCGGAGGGAGAGAGUGGUCCCGGAAAGAAAAAACGGAGGAGGAAGAAGCAGGGACUUAACAUGUCCCAGAGCAGGCUUCUAUCGUAUGGGAAGAUCGAUCUGCCCAAGAAAAAGCGCAAGUGAUGAAGUCGCCGGUUCUGUUGCACUAAAAUCUGUUCCUCGUUCUCCUUGAUCGUGCGCUCGCGGGGAGAGGCGUCGGAAUCUCUCGGACCAGCUAGGGGGAGGCGAUCUUGGCCAGCAGAUCGUUGGUGACGAUAAUGUUGGUGCUCUUGACGUGCUUGUGCACAAAAGUCAAUGGAUUUGGAGCUGGAGUUUUGGGCAGACAUUUCGAUUCAGGGGAAGGAGGCUUUCACCACCCCGUUGAGGGAGUUGUCCAGGGAGUCCCAAGACAGGCCUAUAUGCAUUCAUGCCACGGACAACUUGCAGAGGCUAGCAAAAUCGGCGGGGAUCGUCCGGAAGAAAGGGAGCUUCGUGGGGAACUUCAUCGAGCUUCACCAGCGUCCACUCUGGAUGCAUGCUUUUGCAAGGGCAAGCAAGUAUAUAUUUGCUACGAGAAUGAGGAGAGUGUGAAUCUCCGGGAGGUGCUGCACAGCUCUGUGUUGUCAAGCUGGAUAUCAUAGCUCUAGGUUGUGUGCUAGGCCUCAACUAUCUCCAUGACCACAAGGUGGCUACAUGGAAGCAGUCAUAUAUUUAGUUAAAGUUUAAAAAAUUAAUACAUUAUUCUGAAAUAGUUUAAGUUUUU